UUUUGAUUGUUGAAUUAACUUUUAAGCUUUUAGCUACAAAUCUUUUAUUGCUUUAUCAGGAACACAGUCUUUAACUAUCUUCGAAAGAAAAUUACAUCGAUCUCAUCUUCUGCAAUCUUAACAAAGCUUAUGCUUGAAUCUAGGAUCACAUUAAUCAACUGUACAUUCAAAAGGUGGUCAAGCUACUCAAUGGUCAAAACGAAACCUCGCCAAACUCGGAUUUACGAUGAUGAAGGCUACAGAAGGAGAGCAGCUUGUCUCUGUGUUAAGAAUGAACUUGAAAAUGAGGUUCUUCUUGUCACAAGUAGUAGCUCACAGGAUCGCUGGGUUGUUCCUGGUGGAGGUCUUGAACCCCAUGAAGAUUCACGUGAGGCAGCAGUUCGUGAAGUUAUUGAAGAGGCUGGAGUUAAAGGUGACAUAAUAAGAUGUUUAGGUACUUUUGAGAACCGUGAAAGGAAACAUCGAACUGAUGUUUACAUACUUGCUGUUACCCAGGAGCUCCAAGAAUGGGAAGAUUCCACUGCCAUAGGUCGUCGCAGAUGUUGGUUUACCUUGGAUGAAGCGAUUGAGGAACUAUCUUCACAUAAACCAAUUGAAAGUAACUACAUUAAGCUGCUGAUUAAAGACAAGGCAAACUGAUGAAACUGUGGAAUCGGACUGAGUCCUUUAUAGCCAUCUACAUGGACACUCAUGAUCAAGAUUCACUCAUUUACGUAAAUUUAACCAUCUUUCACGUCCCCAUAUUGGAAAUAUAAUCGGAAACGAUCAUUUUUACUGCUUUAUACUCUUUCUGACUUUAGACUGAAUCAUUACAAAGACUAUUACUUUAUUUGUACCUAAAUAUUCUGUAUCCUGUUAUCAAGAUUUUUCAAUUUCUAAUGUUUAUUAAUUGAAAACAUUGAUAUAACAAGUAUGAUAUUGCAUGAAUGUACAAAUGUCCUGACAGUGUACAAUACAUCAAUUCUGAAUGAGAUACCCUGAGAUGUUCAAUUUGAGUUAGUUAGUUGACUUGAUUUUUUUUCAAACUUAAUAUUAAAUUGACCAGUUGAUGUAAAAUGGUUAUCACCUUA